GGCGCCCCAUCCAGCGCUCUCCCUUUGGAAGCCAGGGCUGGCUAGCUCUGUGUCUCGGGGGGCUGUCCCUUUUCUCUCUCGUUUGUGCUCUGGUUCUGAAUUGAUCCAGGGUCCACGAUGACAAUCCGACACCAAGGCCAGCAGUACAGGCCGAGGAUGGCAUUUCUGCAGAAGAUUGAAGCGCUGGUGAAAGACAUGCAGAACCCAGAGACGGGCGUCCGGAUGCAGAACCAGAAGGUCUUAGUCACAAGUGUCCCUCACGCCAUGACAGGAAGUGAUGUUCUACACUGGAUUGUUCAGCGGCUUUGGGUCUCCAAUCUGGAGGCACAGAACUUGGGUAACUUUAUUGUCAAGUAUGGCUACAUUUACCCACUGCAAGACCCUAAGAAUCUUGUUCUCAAGCCUGACAGCAGUCUCUACCGAUUUCAGACACCCUAUUUCUGGCCCACCCAGCAGUGGCCGGCUGAAGAUACAGACUAUGCCAUCUAUCUAGCCAAGCGAAAUAUCAAGAAGAAAGGGAUUUUAGAAGAAUAUGAAAAGGAAAAUUACAACUUCUUGAACCAAAAGAUUAACUACAAGUGGGACUUUGUCAUUAUGCAGGCCAAGGAGCAGUACCGGACUGGAAAGGAAAGGAACAAAGCAGACAGGUACGCCCUGGAUUGCCAGGAGAAGGCAUAUUGGCUGGUGCACCGGUGUCCUCCAGGAAUGAACAAUGUGCUGGACUACGGCUUGGACCGCGUGACCAAUCCAAAUGAAGUUCAGGUAAACCAGAAACAAACAAUCACUGCUGUUAAAAAAGAGAUCAUGUAUUACCAGCAGGCUUUAAUGAGGUCCACCGUGAAGUCUUCUGUGUCCCUUGGAGGGAUCGUCAAAUACAGUGAGCAGUUUUCCUCCAACGACGCCCUCAUGUCAGGCUGCCUCCCCAGCAACCCCUGGAUCUCCGACGACACCCAGUUUUGGGACCUGAAUGCCAAAUUGGUGGAGAUCCCCACCAAGAUGCGGGUGGAGCGGUGGGCGUUCAACUUCAGUGAGCUGAUCCGAGACCCCAAGGGGCGACAGAGCUUCCAGUACUUUCUGAAGAAAGAAUUCAGUGGGGAGAAUCUGGGAUUCUGGGAAGCCUGUGAAGAUCUGAAGUAUGGAGAUCAGUCCAAGGUCAAGGAGAAAGCUGAGGAGAUUUACAAACUAUUCCUGGCCCCCGGGGCCAGGCGAUGGAUAAACAUCGACGGCAAGACCAUGGACAUCACGGUCAAGGGCCUGCGGCACCCCCACCGCUAUGUGCUGGACGCGGCGCAAACACACAUCUACAUGCUCAUGAAGAAGGAUUCCUAUGCGCGCUAUUUAAAAUCUCCCAUCUAUAAGGAAAUGCUGGCCAAAGCCAUCGAGCCUCAGGAAACCUCCAAGAGAAGCUCCAGCCUCCCGUUCAUGCGGCGACACCUGCGCUCCAGCCCCAGCCCCGUCGUCCUGCGGCAGCUGGAGGAAGAAGCCAAGGCCCGGGAAGCAGCCAACACGGUGGACAUCACCCAGCCCGGCCAGCACACGGCUCCCAGCCCCCACCUGACCGUGUACACGGGGACCUGCGUGCCCCCCUCCCCCUCCAUGCCGCGGUCCCCCUCCUGCCGCUCGCCCCGCAGGCCCUUCCCGUCGCCCGCCCGCUUCAUCCGGAGGCCCAGCAGCACCGUGUGCCCCUCGCCCAUCAGAGUGGCCGUGGAGAGCUCGGGCUCCGAGCAGAAGGAGGAGGCCGGCGGGGGACGCCGGGGCCCCUGCGUCGCCGCCAGCCGCCAGGCCCGGGGCGCGCCCAAGGCCCGCGUGGCUCUGUCCUUCAGCAGGUUUCUGAGACGAGGCUGCUUGGCCUCCCCGGUCUUCGCGCGGCUGUCGCCCAAGUGCCCCGCCGUGGCCCACGGGAAGGUGCAGCCCCUGGGGGAAGUGGGCCAGCAGCUGCCACGGCUGAAAUCCAGGAGAGUCCCCAACUUUUUCCAGAUCAAAAUGGACGUGCCUAUGGAGAGCGGGACCUGCUUGGUGGACCCCGAGGACGGCGCGGGAGAGUCGGGGGACCAGAGCGCGGAAAAGGAGGUCAUCUGUCCCUGGGAGAGCCUGGCCCAGGGGAAGGCUGGCUGAGCCGGGCCCUGGGCGUGAGGCGCUCCUUGCCAGGCUCUACUGAGGGGCACGGAGGGGCCCA